GUUUGUCGCGGCCGCCGUCAUCCUCAUGCUGUGUCGCUCCCUCAUAAGCCGCUCCCGAGCCGGACCGCAUGGUCUGCUGCCACAGUUUUCCCUAUACCAUGUCUUAAAUCAUUAUGAGUGUGCUAGAUCAGAUGACUAUCUUUCCUAUGGAGAAAUGGAAAUGCCAGUUCCUCCUUUUGGCUGCACCUUUUCAACUGCUCCUGAAUUGCAGCAUAUACUUGCUGUUGCAAAUGAAGAGGGAUUUGUUAGGCUGUAUGAUACCCAAACACAAGCAAGUGACAAGCAGAUUUUUAGAGAAUGGCAAGCUCACUCCAAUGCUGUUUUUGAUCUGACCUGGGUGCCCAGUGAACACAAAAUUGUUACUGUUUCAGGAGAUCAAACAGCUAAAGUGUGGGAUGUAAGGACUGCUGAGCUCUUGGGAGUGUGCAGAGGACAUCAGUGCAGCCUCAAGUCAGUUGCUUUUUCCAAAUUUGAGAGAGCUGUGUUCUGUACUGGAGGAAGAGAUGGAAAUAUCAUGGUUUGGGACACUCGAUGCAGUAAGAAAGAUGGGUUUUACAGACAAGUGAAGCAAAUAAGCGGAGCCCACAACAUAAUGGACAAGCAUAUGCCAUCCAAACUGAAGAAGAAGAAACAGACUGGGAGAGGACUGGCUCCUUCAGUGGAUUUCCAGCAGAGUGUGACAGUGGUGGUACUUCAAGAUGAACACACCUUAAUUUCUGCAGGAGCAGUUGAUGGGGUAAUCAAAGUGUGGGACCUGCGCAAGAGCUAUACUACGUAUCGGCAGGAUCCAGUGCCAUCCAGGUCUUUCAGUUAUCCUGGGACCAGCACUCGUAAACUUGGUUAUUCUAGUCUUGUUUUGGAUUCCACUGGUACCAGCCUCUUUGCUAAUUGCACUGAUGACAUUAUAUAUAUGUUCAAUAUGUCAAGUCUGAAGGACACUCCAGUAUCAGCUUUCAGUGGACAUCAGAACUCCAGUUUCUAUGUCAAAUCAGGCAUCAGCCCAGAUGACCAGUUCUUGAUUAGUGGCUCAAGUGACCAGAGUGCUCAUAUCUGGAAGGUGUCUGAGCCCCAGCUUCCUCCCGUAAUGCUCCUUGGUCACAUGGAAGAAGUCACUUCAGUUGCUUGGUGUCCUUCUGACUUCUCCAAGAUUGCCACGUGUUCAGAUGACAACACCAUCAGGAUUUGGCGCCUGAGACGAGGCAAGGAAGAUGAGAUAUCAGACAAAAGCAAUUUGGUGGGCUGGGCCAGCCUGAGGAAAGCGAGAGAACAAAAUGAAAUAGGUAAGCUUACAAGAGAUCACAACACUCCUGCUAAAGUUACUAUGAUGGGCAAUCCCCAUAUUUCUUCACCACAGCCUGCAGCUUGUGCUCCAGCUUACAUGGGAGAUCUUCCUCUUCCCACCAACACACCAACAUCAUCUUCUGUCAGCUCCCCAGCCACUGUGGCCUACACACCAGCAAGGCAGAGGGAAGCCACUUCUGGCUCUUCACCCAAAUCAGCACCUUCCUCAAUUAUGUCCAUCAGGCAGUGGAUUACCAAGACUCCAAAUUCAUCUCCUCCCUUGAGGGGAGAAAAGACAGUUUCUCCACGAAAGGCCUUGGCAGAGAUUUCUCAGACUCUCCCUGGGGACCAUUUCACUUCUAAAUCCAUACAUUUGCGCCCUGAAACACGAGCCAAGAGGAGACUGGAAUCCAGCAAGGACAAUGCAAAACGGAAGUACCCUCGAAGUUGCAGUUGUGUGACAGACCUUGACAAAGUGCCUAAAAAAUCCCGGCUAGAACACUAUACUCAGACAGUGAAUUCAAAGGCAUUUGGUGAAAACUGUCUGACUCCUAGUGGACCUCCAAAGGCCAUUCAAAGCCAGAAGGAACCUUCUCAACAUCCAUGUUCUCCAGCAGACUUACUAAAUUUUCCAGUUUCUCUCAAGAUCUCUUGUGGUAGAAUGGCUGACAAGGAAAAUGGUUCGGCUGACAAAAACUGGCUGUCUGCUUUGGGGGACAAGCUGCGAACUAACAAAUCCGGAAACCAGAAUACAUCAGGCAACAGCAUUCAGUCAUCAUGCAGAGUCACGAAGAGAGUGAUAGAGAAGAGCAAGGGUCCACUUUCAGCCGCUUCUAUGCCCAUGCGAAAGAUAUCCACAUACUUCCAGCGAAAGUUACAAAAAGAUUAAGCAGUGUUUUGCAUUUGCUGCAAUGUUUUUUAUAUACUUUAUGCUACUGAAAGGGAAUUGUGUGUCACUCAUAGAAAGAGAGACCAGUGUUCUCAGCCUUUAAAGUUUUAU